CCUCACAGAUGGGUGGUUCCUUCUGAGAGGCGUUGCCAUACAGCACCAGGAAUAUAUACCCGCAGCCACUUACUCUGUUUCAUACGUUGCGCACCGUGUUGCCAUUUCUAGCACUGCUUACUUCGCCCUGUGAGAUAUCUCGUGAAACACUGUCUUCGCCAUGGCCGACUACAUUCACGUCCCUGACGAGGCUCCCGCUGUGCCCAAAAUAGAUGUGACGGUCGAUGAGAACGACUACCGACCCGGUGCAUUGCGGCUAAUGAAGGAGCUCAGACCGAGCUGGAAGCCGUCCGAAAUUAAAAUGAAGUUUUUCACCGAUGGAAUAACCAACAAGCUGCUUGGCUGCUAUGUGGGGGCAGUCAUGCAGGAUGUGGUCCUGGUCCGCAUAUAUGGCAACAAAACGGAGCUGCUGGUCGACCGGGACAACGAGAUUAAAAGUUUCAGAGUGCUGCAUGCUCACCGCUGUGCUCCCCGCCUUUACUGCACCUUCAACAAUGGUCUCUGCUACGAAUUUCUGCAAGGAACCGCCUUGGAACCGGAGCACAUCCGUAGCCAAGCUGUUUUCAGGCUUAUUGCGAGACAGCUGGCCAAGUACCAUGCCAUCCACGCCCACAAUGGCUGGGUUCCCCGCUCUGACCUGUGGCUGAAGAUGGGCAAGUACUUUACGCUCAUUUCCAAGUGCUUCAAGGAUAAUGACAGGUUGAACCUGGAGGUCCCCAGCCCUCAGUCCCUCCGCAAAGAGCUGCUGUGGCUGCAGCAGAGCUUGUCUGUGCUGGGCUCUCCUGUAGUUCUUUGCCACAACGACCUGCUUUGCAAAAACAUCAUUUAUAACAAGAGGGAAGGCAGUGUAAAGUUCAUUGACUACGAGUAUGCAGGGUACAAUUACCAAGCCUAUGAUAUUGGGAAUCAUUUCAAUGAGUUUGCUGGCCUGAAUGAAGUGGACUAUAGUCACUACCCGGGGCAGGCCUUUCAGCUACAGUGGCUGCGCUCAUACCUGGAGGCCUACAAGGAGCACAAGGGCCAGGAUGGUGCGGUCACUGACACAGAGGUGGAGAUCCUGUACGUCCAAGUCAACAAGUUCGCCUUGGCUUCUCAUUUCUUCUGGGGACUCUGGGCUCUGAUUCAAUCCAAGUUCUCCACCAUCGACUUUGACUUCCUUGGAUAUGCAAAGCUGCGCUUCAACCAGUACUUCAAGAUGAAACCAGAGACAGCUGCUCUGACAUUACCUGAAUAAAACUUGGUAAUCUCCCUUUUCUUCUUCCUCACGCUUUCUCCCCCGCUGCACCCUCAUAUGAUGACUACAGGGUGCCCUCUAGAGGACUGUGUUGAAAUUCCCUUUUGGUUCCCAUUGUCCUUUUUUCCAAAGGAAAAUGUACCUUGUGGGUUAAAAUGAAGGACCUGUUAUAAUGUGAAGCCCAUGUGACUAAAUGGUUCUUAUUUAGUCAUUUUUGUACCGAUACCAUCUGGGAUGUGGGCAUUAGUACAUACUGUAUACUGUACUCUGUACUUCACUGUAUAAGCUGUUACAGAGACAAAACAAAGUCUCCUACAAAACAGAUAUGGAGCAGGCACCUGAUAGGCUGGGAUUCUUUUUUUCUCAUUGGAUUAUAAUAAUAUUGGCAGACAUGGAGAGCCUUGAGGGUUAGAAGGAGGAGGUGGAAAAAAAACACAUGACACAAAGGCGGUUUUGUGUUCCAAGAAAUAGAUACGGGACGACUCCGUUUUGAAUCUCAUGUGAUACGAGUUUCACCCCUCACCCCUUUCCUCCUGACUCUGUUUUCACCCUUAUGUCGCCUCGUACUGUACAUACAUGUAUGCUACACCAGAGUAGCCAUGUGGUCACUGCUGAGCAGCUAAACGAGGGCUGUUGUGUUUGCAAACAGCGUCUUGUAGGAAGACGUCACGUGUUUAAUUCUGACAAGUUGGGUGUCACUGGAUCGCCUUUUCAAUUUGGUGUAGAUUUCAUACUUUUGUUGGCACUCUUAUGUUUUUCUUUCUUUCUUUUUUUUUUCCAUGGUUAGCUGCUUCCAGGAA